AUGAGAGGCUUAUAUUUUGAUGGGAGUACUUAUCUUUUAUCAUCUAUAUCAAUACUCCUUUCUCAUAGCUUUUCUAUUGGAUUAUGGCUAUAUGUAACAGCGAGUGGGGAUAUAUUGGAAAAACAAACUCGGCUUAUUUUAUCAUCAUCAGGAGUUACAGCUAUUAUGGAAGAUCCUACUCAAGCCACAGCUUCUAGAGCUUUGUCUUCUGGCACAACACUUAGUGAUUGGAAUUAUUUGUCAGUUACUUUUGCAUAUUAA